GCAGCCGGCGAGCGGCGACAAGGCAAACUCCCCCCCGCCGCUAGACAGACCCGGAAGUGAAGCGAGGAAUCUGGGCGGAAGCGGAAGAACGUGAGCGCUCCGGUGUUCGAGUCCGGUCGUUCCUUUUCCCUCCCUCUCGCUCCGGCCAUGGCGAACCGGACGGUGAAGGACGCGCACAGCAUCCACGGCACCAACCCGCAGUACCUGGUGGAGAAGAUCAUCCGCACCCGCAUCUAUGAGUCCAAGUACUGGAAGGAGGAGUGUUUCGGCCUCACGGCUGAGCUGGUGGUGGAUAAAGCCAUGGAGCUGAGAUAUGUUGGUGGCGUUUAUGGUGGAAACAUCAAGCCUACACCAUUCCUCUGCUUGACCCUGAAAAUGCUGCAGAUCCAGCCUGAAAAGGACAUUAUUGUUGAGUUUAUAAAGAACGAGGAUUUCAAAUAUGUCAGAAUGCUUGGAGCAUUGUAUAUGAGAUUGACGGGCACUGCCAUUGACUGCUACAAGUACCUUGAACCACUGUACAAUGACUACCGAAAAAUUAAAAGUCAAAACAGAAAUGGGGAAUUUGAGCUGAUGCAUGUGGAUGAGUUUAUUGAUGAACUCCUCCACAGUGAACGUGUAUGUGAUAUCAUUUUGCCUCGAUUGCAGAAACGUUAUGUUCUGGAAGAAGCUGAACAACUGGAGACUCGGGUUAGUGCUUUAGAAGAAGAUAUGGAUGAUGUAGAGUCCAGUGAGGAGGAGGAGGAGGAAGAUGAGAAGCUGGAGAGGGCACCUUCCCCUGAUCAUCGCAGAAGAGGCUACAGAGACCUAGAUAAACCCCGCAGAUCUCCAGCUCUGCGAUACAGGAGGAGUCGAAGCAGGUCUCCAAGAAGGCGAAGCAGAUCUCCAAAGAGGAGAAGCCCCUCACCACGUCGGGAGAGACAUCGCAGCAAAAGCCCAAGGCGACACCGGAGCAGGUCCAGGGAGAGGCGCCACAGAUCAAGAUCUAAAUCUCCAGGGCAUCAUCGUAGCCACCGACACAGAAGCCAUUCUAAGUCACCUGAAAGAUCUAAGAAAAGCCAUAAGAAGAGCCGUCGAGGGAAUGAAUAAUGGACUAAAUCCACUAGGCGGUUUAGGGUCUUUGAACCAUAAUCUGUUUGUAGAUAGCGACCUAUUUACAUUAUGGAACAGCAGGAUAUGUGCUGGCUGCUUUGGCAGUCAGAUUUUU